GAAACAUCUCACUCACAAUCAGUUCAGUCAGUCCGAGUCCGAGUGUGUUUUUAAUCGGUAACAUCUCCCAAAAAGUUAAGUGUCUCCUUUUAUCACCAUUAUCAUUUACCUGUGUACGAAACUAUUACCGUCGAUCGUAUGGGGUGUAUCGUUGUUAAGUGUUUUUAGUGUCGUUUAAAUGUCGCUCGAGGCCCGUUCGAGUUCGGCCCUGUUCAAAAGGGCCGAGCAGCUGAAACGAUGGGAGGAAUCCGAGACGAACAGGGAGCCCCCCGUCCCCAAACACAACUCCCGACGUAUAAAAUUCUCCUCCGGCUGCGUCUUUUUGGCAGCGUGCGCGGCCGGCGAUAAGGACGAGGUGCUCAAAAUGCUCGACCAGGGGGCCGACAUCGACACAGCCAAUGUUGACGGACUCACAGCCCUUCACCAGGGCUUGGAAGUUUGAUCCAUCGAAGAAUAUUAGGAAUGGAUUUCUAUUAAAAUGAGGAACUUUUUGUAGGAACUGUUUGGCUCGAACAAGAUUUAGGGAUUAGAUAGACUGAUAGAAAUUUUAAAACAGGUAG